ACCGCGGAAGAAGGAAGUCAAGAAAAGUUUGAGACGAUGACCCUGCAGGCUAUACGCUGGGAAAACCACAAGCUCCAAAUCUUAGAUCAGCUGAAACUUCCCAAGGAAACCGAGUAUAUUGAUGUCAAAAAUGUUGAAGACGGAUGGCAAGUUAUAAACAAGAUGCAGGUGCGUGGAGCUCCAGCAAUAGCAAUUGUGGGAUGUCUUAGUCUUGCAGCUGAGUUAGCUGAGACUGAAUCAUCCUAUAAAAAAGCACAACUACAGAAAGAUGUAUCAUCAAAGCUUGACUAUUUAGUAAGUGCAAGACCAACAGCCGUGAAUAUGAAAAAAGCAGCCGAAGAACUUACAGUUGUGAGCAAGAAUUUGUGUGAGGGUGGCAUCUCAUUACAGGAUAUGGUAAAAUCAAUAAUAUCAUGGUGUGAGAAAAUGUUAGAGGAUGAUGUCACCACAAAUAAGAACAUUGGCAAGUUUGGUGCAGAAGCCAUUAUUAGUGGUAAUGAAGGGAAUAGUGUCCAAGUGAUUACUCACUGCAACACUGGAUCACUUGCAACUGCUGGCUAUGGAACUGCUUUAGGUGUUAUUAGAGCUCUGCAUGACAUGGGUCAUCUGAGUAAAGCCUUCUGUACUGAAACUCGUCCAUACAAUCAAGGUGCAAGACUUACAACCGAUGAAUGGUGGAUAGAAUAUGGCUUCAUGAGAUUUUAUGUGUAUGAGGCAAUAGACACAGGUGAGAUAAAUGAUAAAGAGGUUCAGUGGGAUAAUGAUCAGCUGCGUGUGAUAUAUUCUGUGAUGGUCCGGUGUCUGUAUUGUUUGAUUGGUCAUAAGUAUUUUAGUCUGCAUAGUAAGGGCAUAGGCGUGCAGUGCAAGCAAAGAAUUGAUGUAGAUGAUGGCUAUAGUGAGACGGUCGUGAAUAUAAGUUUUCAAAUUGCAAAGCUGAGACUUUUAGGGGUAAUUGUCAAGAAUAGGACUGUAUCAAGCGACUUGUAUCAUGUGCACAUUUCUGAUAAGAAAUUGCCAGAGAAAUUUACAGGCAUAGAUAUAUUUUGGCGCUAUAUGUGA